AUGUUGGAUGUUAAUACGCCUGUAUGAGCUCAAUUUCUGAUCAGACAAGUUAUACUGUUGGUACUAUGAUCGUUUUCUUGGUUAUCAGUGCAGGGUGACAGCUAAAUGUUUGAAUCCAAAAUCUUACCUUCGAUUCUGAGAUCAGCGCCGUCGGUGUUUAACUCUAAUUUAAAAUUAUGGUUAUGGUAUGGGUAUGGUUAAUUCUUUAUUCUUGAAAUGAGAGAAUAUUUUUGGUAAUCUUUAGGCUCCCCUGCAAGAUUUGCUGGACUAACACUAUCUUUUCAGGUGAGCACGGUUUGUUCUUACUAGUGUCAAGUCGCAUAUCGAGACCCUCGAAGCCGGCACUUGUAAGCUCAAAGUUCAUGUGUUCCAAAAUUAAGUUUUGUAGAUGUAAAUGUAAUGCAUGCUUUAUUCAGUAUCUUCAACACUAAGACAGGGCUUGUAAAGAAGAGCUGCUUGUCAAGUGCUUUGUCCUUUGCUAUUGUUUUCCCUGCAAUAAUUAAAUUGUUUUCUCAAUACUGCAGUUCAAGAUCCUCGAAAAGUUCUUCAAGUGUCUUGAUCCCCGAUUCUUGAUCUUCAAUGCUUAAUACUUGAGCCUCCAUUCUUGAUCCUCCAUUCUCAGUAGUUUCAAGGAUUGAGUAUCGAGUCAAGACUCAACUUACCUUUGAGCAGUACUGUUUGUACACCAAUGUAUCAUAACAUGAUUUGAGUCCAGUUUAUGUCACUUUUUCUCUAGUAAAAUACCAUAAGUAUAUUAAGAAUGAAGUAAUGUCUGUGGUUAAAGGCAUAACAGAAUGCCAUGCUGUGGCUAAUAUUUUAAAAGAAUUUGCCAUUUGUUUUCCUUAUGCAUUUGCUCUCAUUUACGUGAGGUGUAUACAUGUGCUCUGUACAUUUAAUUGCUAAUUAGUGGCAUCCAUACUGUUAAAAUCACUGGUACAACAGGUAUCUGAUAUUGUGAAUGUUAAGUGAUACAUUUACUUCAAUGUAUACUCUUACUUAACAAAGUCUUGUCAUCGCAGCGAAAUGUGAGUUACUUGCCUAAAGCAGGACCAGGUGGAAGGUCAUCUUUCAGUGGAGUGGUAGCUACAGUGUUUGGUGCCACUGGAUUUCUUGGGAGAUAUGUCAUCAACAGAUUAGGUAAAAUUAAAAAAAAGGAAUGUGACUAACUCUUGCAACUGCAUAGUUCACUUUAUCUAUGUGACAAGGCUGACAAUUUGAUUGUUGAGGUAGGUAUUUUGCAAAUAUUAACAGUGACUUUUUGAAAUUUGUGUAUUCCAUGAAUAAUUAGAGAGGUAAUUUUCACUUGUCAAACUAUAUUUUAAUGAUAUGUACUCAUCUGUAAGGUCGUCGUGGAAACCAGAUCAUUGUACCAUACCGUGGAGAUGAACAUGACUACCGAAACCUUAGGAUGAUGGGGGAUCUGGGGCAGAUCAUGUUUUUUGUAAGUGUUUUUUUUAAGGCCAGAGCUAAGAUGAGUGAGUUACAGUUUGGGGCACUAAGAAACUGAUGUUUGUAUUUUUAUAAAGGAGAGGGUGCAUUCACUUUCAAAAGAAUCCAAUGAAUACAUUGUUCAAUGGAGAGCAUGUUAAGACUGUCUUCACUGGUGUUCCUUUGUCAGAGACAAAAGUCAAUUACAGCUAGUUGCCUCAUAAAAUAUUCUUUCACAUACCGUUAACGUCCAUGUAUAAGCCGCAUCUGUAAAUAAGCCGCACCCCCGAUUUGGAAGCACAGAAUUUGGGAAAAAUAAAAACAUUACAGUUUGAAGUUUCAGUAGAGUUUUAUUGCUACAAACAAUCAAGGUUUCGAAACACCAACAUAGAAGUUGUGGCUAUCUUUCACAUUUAUCAAGUCUAAAGAAAGCAAAAUUUCAUUUGUUGUACCUUCUUUUUCAUUGGAAUUUACACCAUCUCUUUAAAAUGCUCUUUCAAUCCGAUUUUUCAAGAUUAUCACUACAAAACAUACCAUAAAGUUGAAAUUCCUUUGGCAUUGAAAAAAAAACAAACAAGUGCUUAGUAGCCAAGCUUUAAAUGUUGGGAGGAGUCUGGACCUUUCAACUCAGCUGUUUGGGGAUACCACUUGUAUAAAGAUGUUUGGAAACCUGCAAUAGGUGAAAAACUUCGUGCAGAACAGGAGCCUGAUAAUGCAGUCGGCAAAUUUGCCAUGAAGGUAGUAAAAAACGACGAGAGAUUCCUCGUAUGUUGGUGUUCAGUUGUUCAAGUAAGCGAAAAUUAAUCACUUGAAAGAACUCUUGGAGAGCAAGAUUCGCUGAUAAACACUCAAAGACACAAAUGGCUUCAGUUUCUUUUGUUUAUUUCUUGGCAUCUUAAGAAGUUUUAUGAAUGUUAGGUUUUUGAGAACUCCAAACACAGAUAUAAGCCGCACCCUUGAUUUUUGGCUUCAAUUUUGUGAAAAAAAAGUGCGGCUUGUACAUGGACGUUUACAGUAAUUUUGCAAGUUGAAAUACUUUGAAUGGAGACAAAGUUUCAUAUUUCAAAGACUUUCACAAGGGCAUAACAACAUAGUCUCCUUAUAUGGGUAUUGCCAGUCUGGACUUUGCCCCAUGUGUGCUGAAUAUGCGAUUAAAGUAAAUAAUCAAAUUUCACUGGGAGAAAAUAUCUUAGCAUGUGAGAAUUGCAUGGAAGAUUGACUUACAGUAGCAUUUACUUCCAUGUGAAAUUUUUCCGUGAGGUAGGAUCAUGUCAUUGAGUGUAGGUUGUUCACUGGUAAAUGGCUUUCAUCCAAGAAAGUCUAGUUAAUAGUGACAAUUGUAUUGGGAAAAUACCAUUUAAAUUUAAGAUGUAACUUGUGAAGAACUUUUAAAAGCAGUAAGUAAAUAUGACUUUCUGAUCUUUUCAACUUUCAUGAAAAGAGCAAUCACAAGGAAAAAACAAGAUUAUUGAUCAAAUAUUCUUACUGAUGCAAAUGCUUUGCACAAUUUUUAAAUUUUUUUUUAAUAAAAGAAAAAAACCCUUAUUAGUAUGUAGAGCGGUAUGUUGCUUGCACCAAUCAGAUUGCUGCAUUUAGGUAUGUAUCUCGCACCAAUAAGAUUGCAGCAUAAAUGAAGUCCCGUCCUAGGAUGUGACCCAUUACAUUGGGUAAAUGAGCUGACAAUUCUUUGUUAAUAUGUCGUUCUGGUGUUAAUUACAUCACAACAUAUUACAGUACCCUAAACCUAAAUUUGGUGUGAGUAAUAUACUGCUUGAUACGUUAACAGGGAGUUUUUUUCUUUUAAUAACUCAGUGAGGAUCAGUUUGAAAUAUACAGUGAACAUGUAAAGGUUGUAUUUUCUAGAUAAAGAACUGCUGAGUCCUCUCACCUGAUAGUAGAAUUCAUCAAAAUUUGAAAAAUGAUGUCAAUAUAAGUUGGUGGAUGUUUGUUACAUGUAGAGUAUUAUACUUUCAGCUGGUGGGCUUAAAGUACAUUAAGAAUUUUCUCAUGCAUGCCCUGGUGCAAAUUACUUCAACCAUCAUUGGAAUGUAUGUUUAAAUUAGAUGAGCCAAAUCAUUAUAAAAAGUUUCCACUUGAACCAGUCAACAUAAUCAUAUACAUGUAUCUUCUGUAUAGGAAGAGCCUCUGGUAGUUUUCAAUUACCAAUUGGUUAUAUUUUUAUGAAUGAUUUUUGACCAGUUCAAAUGGUUCCUAAAGUAAAAUCAAGGGUGAUACCAUAAAGCAGGAGAAGUUUUUAUUUGAAUGUACAAUAUGUAUAUGUAUAAUAUGUAGACCAAAUUUUAAAAUUUCUUUUUUUUUAACAAUUGCUGUUGCUGGACUAUUCAAAAGUUACAAUUUCCCUUUUUUAUAUUCAAGGAUUAUCAUCUAAAAGAUGUUGAUUCUGUGGCCAAAGUUUUGAAACAUUCCAACUGUGUGAUCAACUUGAUUGGCAGACAGUUUGAAACAAGGUGGGUUUCUGACUUCAAUACAAAAGACAUUAGAGUAGAAACGAUGUUUAAGGACUUGUGUAAUUUACACCAGUUCACAAAGUUAUAAAUAUAACAAAUUUUUAGCCAUGACCCUACCCCCCAGCUGCACCCCUCCUUCCAAGAGUUGGCAUUAUUAUUAUUUUUUUUUUUGGUGCUUAACUGAUAACAAAUACAGAAUAUACCUGUUUACCAGUGUAUGAUAACUGCAGAGGUACAGGAGAUGUUUACUGAUAGCUUCUCAGAGGAAAGAAUCCAAACCUAAGUAUAGCUUCAAUUGAAAAACAUAAUUCAACCUCUGUGCUAGAGCCACCUCAAGCGUGGGGUCUAGCUUUGUCCCUAUACUUCAUUUACUUAAAUUUACUUGUACAUUCUUACUCAUCAUAUACAAUGUGGCAUUAUUUUUUUAUAUUUUUUGCCCAGGAACUUUACAUUUGAGGAUGCCCAUUGUGAGGGAGCUAGGGUUAUUGCCAAAGCUGCUCGGGAAGCAGGAGUCAAACGUUUAAUCCAUGUGUCAGCACUUAAUGCCAGUGAGGAUAGUCCAUCAAAUUUUCUACAGUCAAAGGUUAAUCACAGUCACACAUUUUCAUUCUUAAUCUAUGGCAAUUAUUGCCAUAGAUUAAGAACAGAAAAAAAGCUGAAAAUUGUAGUUUUGUCUAGAUACCUGUGAUGAUUGUUUAGCCUGUGGGCAGCCUGUGGUAUGUGGUAUUGAAAAUAUGUGACCUAGCCUCUGUGUUGUGUUCUUUAGAGAGGUUUCCUCUCCUAUGAGUAGCAUGAAAAUGAAAUUUACCAGGGAACUGUACUUAACACUUGGAAGAAAUUAUAAAAAAAAUUAGAAAUUUUAUUAAAUAGAAAAUUUAAAACCUCUCUUUAGAAAGCCAUAUGAUGAAUAUUGUUUCUAUGGGGUUGAAUUUUAGACUGAAGUGACAAUUAAUUUAUUCAGAUUUAGCAGAUGUGAGUUUUCCUCGUUUGGUUUUGAUAGUUGUUUUAACAUAUGUUUUUGUGGAGCUUUAUGGUUUUUUUUCUUUCACAUUUAGAUAGAUUCUUCUCUUAAAAAAUGCCAUAAUACUAAAUAUGAUAUUGCCUUAGUUGUUCUGUACUGAAACAACUUUGUGUUUUACUUCAUAUGUGAUAGGCUCGUGGGGAGGCUGCUGUUAGAGAAGAAUUUCCUGAUGCUACCAUUGUGCGACCUGCAAAGUUUUUUGGCCAUGAAGAUCAGUUUUUGAACUACUAUGUGUGUAAGUUCAUGUUGAAGAUAAGUUACCAAUGGUGUGCUUUCAAUACACUUUCUAACAUAUAACCUAAUGAUAAAUUUAAUUUAAAAUUUGACUUGUUAACUGAGUUAUUUUCUCUAUCUUCUUUAAGAUCUUGGUAAUAUUCCUUUUGGUAUUCCACUUAUUGAUGGAGGCAUGAACACAACUAAAAGGCCUGUUUAUGUAAGUGAACUGUAAGCAUAACUUUCAUGAGCAGAGCAGCAUUGCAGUACCUAAAAAUUUGUGAUGUGAACUAUAUUUACAUGUAGUCAUCUCAUGGAAGUGGGCUACCACCACCCAUCUGCAAGAUCAUGAGAAUUUCCAUUUAAUCCAGGUAUUAGGUACAGUAUAGAAGUUUCUUUAAAAGUUUUGAGGCUUUGUGUGCGAUGUUUGCAAGAAGAGUAGUGAGGAAUGUAAAAAUAGAUACUUAGGUGUGGCGUCAACAGUGGUUUUGUAGAUUUGUGAAGGAAUGACUUCAAGACAGUGUAUAAAAAUAAUAUUUAGGAAGUUACCCCAAUUUCUUUAUGAUAGUUUCUAAACAUUUUGAACAUGGUUUAUUUGUCUUAUGUGGCUUAAAAUCAUCAAAUUUGGAGCAAAUUGGGUAUCUGGAUAGAUUGUAUAGCUUGAUUGUGUGUAGGCAUUAAGAUAGUAUAACUAAAUCAAUGAUUAUGUUAUACUUGAUUUACUCUUUAUGUGAUUGUUGAUAAAAACGUUUUUCAUUUUGUUUCCAGGUGGCUGAUGUUGCCCAAGCAAUAGUAAAUGCUGUCAAUAAUGAUGAGAGCAUAGGGCAAACAUUUGAACUUACAGGGUAAGAUCUGUAAUACCAUUUUAUGUUAUGAGUUGGGUCAGAAUUUGAUUCUUACCACACUAAUUUCAUUUCUGAUCUGUACCUGAACAGAUACACAAGCCAUGGAAUUUUACUUUUUCAAUAUUUAUUGUAGGCAAUAUAAAUACAGUUCAUAGCAGAACUCGCUUCGAAAUGAUGGCAUGACAAAACUUGGUUGGUUUUUGCUUACAUAAAUGUAUGUGACAGAAGCUAAUACCUGUUUCUCUGUUGCCUCCCCACAUUUAAUUGUUUACUGUGGUAGGGAUGUUUGUUUGUUUGUUUCUUAAUUUACUUUUUUAUUUUUUUUCAUAGCCCAGAAGAAUAUUACUUGCUUGAUAUUCUGGACUACAUCUAUCGGUUGAUUAGGAAAGAACUUCCUUACUACAACAUACCAAGAAAUAUGUACAAGUAAGCUGUGAUUGAACAAUCCGUUAGUCUAUUAUCAUUAUUCUUAUUGCUUUGUUUACCUGACAUGGUAUGAAUUGUGUGAUUAUUGUUGUGAUUUUUUGUUUAUUACAAAGUAAACUUUAUGGACGCUAUUAUAGCUUUUAUCAUCUGAGGCUAUUACCCUUUGCUUUCUUUUUUUCUUUGCCUUCUCAUCUUAUUCUGUUUAAGGAAAAAGUUCUAUUGUUUGAUUAUUGUGUUACCUUCCAGCCUUAUAGCCUGGGUCAUGGAGCAGUCCAUAUUCAACCCGCGUCUUACACGAGAUAUGCUGUUUAGGGUAAGAAUGGAGUAAUGUAAUUUCCUGCCGUUAUUCCACUGCGAUUGGUCGGUCAUGAGGCUCGUGUAUUUAUUAUAACUGAAACCUCACAGCCGAACCACAGCUUGUCAGUGUAAUCAAUGUCUACCAGUGUUGACUGUAACUAAGAUUUAUUCAAGCUUUGUAGUUGUUUUUUUUCUGUUUUUCUUUUUUAUCAGGAGUUCCUAUCAGACCAGGUUACACCAGGUUUACCAGGACUGAAAGAUCUGGGAGUUGAACCUCAUUCAGUUGAAGAUAUCGCCAUAUCGGUUCUUCGGCGCCACAGGGACUGCUAUUUCUUUGAGGAUUCCAUCGAUAGUGAGGAACCGUGUCGACCUAGCAGCUCCUACGUAACUCAAUAAACAUUGUCCGUUCUUUUGAGUGAAGAGAGCUUUAAUUGUAUAUAAUGACUUCUACAUCAGCACACUCUCCGUGCUCUUUUAAAGAUGGUUUUGCUACUUUUUGUGUCCAUGGUUAAGACAUGGACAUGGCUUGGAUAUUUGAAAUUUAUUAUUUUUCCUCAGUAUUAGUUGUUAUGGUGACCUAAAUAUGAUGAAUAAAGAUGGUACUUCCACU